AGCACCAUGCCCUACAACUGCUCUCUGCCCAGCUUCAGCUGCCGCAGCAGCUGCGCCACCAGGCCCUGCGUGCCACCCAGCUGCCAGCCAUGCUGCUCCCUCCCCGGAGCCCGCAACAUCCCCGCCAACAUCGGGACCUGCGGCUGGUUCUGUGAAGGCUCCUUCAACGGCAACGAGAAGGAGACCAUGCAGUUCCUGAACGACCGUCUGGCCAACUACCUGGAGAAGGUGCGCCAGCUGGAGCGGGAGAACGCCGAGCUGGAGGCCAGGAUCCGCCAGUGGUGCCAGGAGCAGGUCCCCUUCGUGUGCUCGGACUACCAGUCCUACUUCCGGACCAUCGAGGAGCUGCAGCAGAAGAUUCUGCUCACCAAGUCUGAGAACACCCGGCUGGUGGUGCAGAUCGACAACGCCAAGCUGGCUUCGGAUGACUUCCGCACCAAGUACCAGACGGAGCUGUCCCUGCGCCAGCUGGUGGAGGCCGACAUCAACGGUCUGCGUCGCAUCCUGGAUGAGCUGACCCUGUGCAAGUCUGAUCUGGAGGCCCAGGUGGAGUCCCUGAGGGAGGAGCUGCUCUGUCUUAAGAAGAACCACGAGGAGGAGGUCAACUCUCUGAAGUGUCAGAUCGGUGAGCGACUGAACGUGGAGGUGGACGCCGCCCCGACCGUGGACCUGAACAUGGUGCUGAACCAACUCAGAAGCCAGUAUGAGGCUCUGGUGGCCACCAACCGCAGAGAUGUGGAGGAAUGGUUUGUUAAGCAGAUGGAGGAGCUGAACCAGCAGGUGGUGAGCAGCUCAGAACAGGUGCAGGGCAGCCAGUCAGAGAUCAUCGAGCUGAGACGCACCGUCAAUGCCCUGGAGGUGGAACUGCAGGCGCAGCACAACCUGAGAAAUUCUCUGGAAAACACCCUGACCGAGACCGAGGCCCGCUACAGCUCCCAGCUGGCUCAGGUGCAGUGCAUGAUCACCAGCGUGGAGGAUCAGCUGGCCGAGAUCCGCUGUGACCUGGAGCGGCAGAACCAGGAGUACCAGGUGCUGCUGGACGUCAAGUCCCGUCUGGAGUGUGAGAUUGCCACCUACCGCAACCUGCUGGAGAGCGAGGACUGCAAGCUUCCAAGCAAUCCCUGUGCCACCACCAAUGCCUGCAGCACCUCGUGUGGUCCUCGCCCCCGUUGCUGUUGAUCCCCUGCCCUGCCUUCCCAAGAGCACCUAGCAUCACUGGAAGAUGGGACAGGUGCCCCAGUGUUUAGUUUUGACCUAGCUCAGUUCUAUUUUGAAACAUUCCAGUGUCAACCAUGGAACUGAAAACAAUUCCAAUCAAUCAGACAAUAACAUUUUUGAGCAUCUACUGAACUCAGUACUUAAUUGCAGACCCACAAAAAAGUCCCUGGAAUAAGAAAAUCUUCUGUGCUAAUCAUCUUUACUUCUGAAGAUGGUUCACACUCUGUCCCAAACCUGUAUUCCUUCUUUUAAGGUGCCUAUUGUAUCAUUUUCCUUCCUUCAUUGCUUCUUCAUGGCAAGGAGGCUCUUUU